AUGUCGCCGUAUCAACAUCUCUUCUCCACUAAUGCCGUCCUGGGUGUUUGGCGCAACCUCCGUAACACCAAAGACAACAACGAUCUCUUGCUCACCUUGCAGUACCACCAAGAAGAUCUUCAGAGGCAAAAAGGAAACAAAUAUACCAAGGGGGGUAUUUCAGAAAGUGCACAAGAGGUUUCAGAUGGAAAGACAGUGGAUGUGGGUGGAAAGAGCAUUAGCUUCGUGGUACCAUGGCGGGCAAUGCAGAACCAAAGACGGGAGCUGAAGGAGAAGGAAAAGGAACUUGCUGAAGCGCUUAUUCGCCACCUCGCAGCCGGCCUGUCACGUCAAAUGUCCAAAAUCGAAUUUCAGAUGAAUGACAAUGCCCCAUUCGCCAAUGGCAAGAACCUAUACACAGGCGGAGAAAUAGCACAAAAGUUUCUUCCCCCCGUCCAGGCUCUCUUUGAGCAAAAACCCGUCCCCCAGCGCAUUAUCUUCGAGCUAUUAAUGGAAUUAAAAGAUCUUGUCUAUAUGGCUAUGGCAGGCUGCUCAAAAGAAGUACUAGAACACGAAAUCGGCAGCACAGGAACCGCCUCCUUAGAAGAACUCGACGACGCAAUCGUCCGAGCCAUCACACCUCCACCCCCCUUUCUUGAAUCUCACCAUCAUAAAGACCUAGAACAAGGCCACAAACGCUCCCUCCGCCGCAAAGCCUCAAGCCUCCUCUCCAAACACCCGAAACAAGAUCAACAAGCCGUAUCCUUCCUGCUUUCCGCCCCCGAAGAACUCAUAUACACCCUCGAAUCCCUCGAAACCACCGCUCUAGCAUUCACCCAGCUUCCCCUCCCGCUCCUCGACUUCUGCGCCCACGCCGUCAUCACCCUGCGCCGUCUAAUCCCCCGCCCACUCCUGUCCGAUCUCUCACAGCAAAAGAAGAAGAAAAUAAGGCAAAAUUGCGCAGAGUAUGCGCGGUGCAGCAAGUGGGCUGGGGCACAAUGGCGGCAGAACGGUGGGUGUGGUCGGGAUUGCAAGAAUGAAGAUGAGGAUCCCGAGGGUUUGCCGAGUUGGCAUCGGUGUAGUCGGUGGUUUGAUGAGAAGGGGGGUGGGACGUAUAUGGUUGGUGGGGGGAGGGCAGUAGAGAGGGAGGAUGGGUUUGGGGUUGUUAGAAUGACGGCGGUGUGA